AUGUUGGUCACAGUGGCACUAUUGAAGGAUAACAUCACUCUGCCAGAGGAUAUUCUCCAAAUUGCUAACAAUAGUAAAAGGCUGAAAUGCCUGAUUAAAGCGUAUUUUGAGGAAUUGGAGGAGGACUCCCAUUUGUACUGCGCUACUGUUUUCGACACAAUUCUGUGCUGGCCACGCACUAAACGCGGCACUUGGGCCACUCUUCCGUGUCUGAAAGAGUUAGGGGGCAUACGCUACGACACGAGACAGAAUGCCACCCGCUAUUGUCAGCUCAACGGAGAAUGGGAUAAUUACACGAAUUACAAUCAAUGCCAUCAUGUGGCCGUUGAGGAUGAGUUUGAGUUGAGCGUAGAACUUCCAACGAUUAUCUACUAUGUGGGCUACACAAUAAGUCUGAUCUCCCUGCUCCUAGCCGUGCUCAUUUUCGUUCAUUUUAGGGAUCUCCGGUGUCUUCGGAAUACCAUUCAUGCCAAUCUUUUUACGUCCUACAUAAUGAGUGCUCUUCUCUGGAUGCUAACACUGUCGCUUCAAAUCUCUUCACCUCAACAAGGAUUAACUGAAUGUAUUUUUCUUGUCACGAUCUUUCACUACUUCAGCCUCACGAAUUUCUUCUGGAUGCUGGUUGAAGGUUUCUACCUGUAUGUGCUGGUGAUUGAGUCCUUCUCGAGGGACAGGCUCAAAUUCAAUGCUUACGCUGCGAUCGGUUGGGGAGCCCCUGCUAUUUUCGUGAUGACAUGGGCAGCGGCCAAAGGGAUUGCCAGUAACUCCCAUUCCCUUCAAGUAGCCCCCAACAAUAAACUCGAGAUCGAGUGCACAUGGAUGAGGGAGUCCAAAAUCGACUACAUCUUCCAGGUGCCAGCGUGCAUGGUCCUAGUAAUCAAUUCCAUUUUCCUAUCGAGAAUUAUGUGGGUGCUGAUAACGAAACUCCGUUCAGCGACAACGGUGGAGACUAGACAGUACCGUAAGGCUUCCAAGGCUCUUCUGGUGUUGACUCCUUUGUUAGGCAUCACGUACUUGGUGGUCCUGGCAGGUCCCAAUGAUGAUGGGAUUGCUGGAUAUUUGUUUGCCAUCGUGAGAGCCCUUCUGCUGAGCACCCAGGGUCUCUCGGUCUCCCUCUGGUACUGCUUCCUCAACUUCGAAGUUCGCCUGGCGCUGAGGAAUCGCUUUGCACGCUGGAAGGACCAGCGCAAUAUUCAGCGCAGCCAGAGUCAUCGGCAGAGUCUUCGGUAUGUCUGACAAGGAGCCACUGAGAACGUUCUCCUGUUAUCUUCUUCGACAUUUUAUCCAACUUAAAAGACAUUAAAAGAAUAUUAUAAAUAAAUGAAAA